AUGUCUGGAAAGCUUGACAAGCCCCUCGACGACAUCGUCUCGGCCCGCCGCAAGAGCGCUGGCAACCGCCGCUCCCAGCGCCGCACCGCUGGUCGCACUGCCGCUGCUCCCGCAGGGGGUGUUCACAAGGCAAAGCCUGCCCCCCGUGGUGCCGCCACCAAGGGUGUUCAAGGCAGGACCGCCGGUCCUCUAGGAGAAAGCAAGGUUAUCGUCAGCAACCUGCCCAAGGAUGUCUCGGAGCAGCAGAUCAAGGAAUACUUUGUCCAGUCUGUCGGCCCCAUCAAGCGCGUCGAGCUCUCGUACGGGCCUAACUCUCAGAGCCGUGGUAUUGCCAACGUGUUGUUCCACAAGCCUGAUGGCGCUAGCAGGGCCUUCCAGAAGCUCAAUGGUCUCCUCGUUGACGGUCGCCCCAUCAAGAUCGAGAUUGUUGUCGGUGCCGCCCAGGCUGACAAGGUUAUCCCUCCUGUCAAAACUCUGGCUGAGCGUGCUACCCAGCCCAAGUCUCAGCCCAAGUCUGCUGCUGCUGGAAAGCAGAGCAACAAUGCCGGCAAGGAUGGUGCCAAGGGCAGAGCUGCUGGUAAGGGCCGUCGCGGCCGCAAUGCUCGUCCCACCAAGAAGACGGCGACUGAGCUUGACGCCGACAUGGACAACUAUAUGGCGGAUUCUACUAGCAACAAUACCACGGCCGCUGCUCCAGCCACUGGCCCAGCCGCUAACGGCGACUCUGCCAUGGCGGAUGAGAUCAGCGUAAGUUGA